AUGGCAAAUAAAUCAUCAUCUACUAGUACUACAGCCUCCUCUACCGACAAUAAUCAAUUGAUAGACACAAGUGAUAAUGAAGAAAAUAAAGAAAGUACGACACUUCUUUGGUUUGAUCCAAAUAUUGGAUCACGUCAAGAUACUGAACUAACUAAACAAAAACUUCGUCUUAUUAAUGAUUAUGUUAUUUUUCAUACAGAUCUUGAUCAAACAUUACAAUUAUUACCACGAAUUUCUUCUCUUCGUCAAGUCGAUUCCAUUUUUAUCUUUUGUAUGAAAAAAGAAAAAUAUGAACAUUUGACAAAUGAAUAUUCUAAAAUCAUUGGUAUUUAUGUUACUCUUGGUGAAUUAUGUAAAUCAAUAGAAGAACAAAUUGAUCUUUUUGAUAAACAACUACAAACAUUUAGUUAUUUUGAUCAAUAUCAAAAAUCAACAAAAGAUUUAUCUAAACAAUCAGCGGAAUUUCUUUGGUUUCAAUUAUUCAAUCAUGUCAUAACUCGUCUUCCACGAAAUUAA